CACGCUGCAAAGAAGUGAAGCAAGACGUCUGCCAACCACCAGUUGACGCACGCACGCACGCACUUCUUGUCGUCCAUCCAUGCGGAGUAUUCCUUGGUUCCUUGUUGAUGUUCUUUUCGAGACCCGACCACCCCCACGAACCGCCCCACACAUACACAAAGCCUACGCACACAUCCAUCACAGGAGCUCACUUUGCACCCACGUUCAUCACACCCACGUUCAUCACACAAAGGUUGCACACUUUGCGCACGAAUUACUUGCUCACUUCGUCCAAGCCAGACGCGCCACGACACACACACACACGCACGCACGCGCACACAAACAAACAACCGUCCACAACCUACGGGCGUCCCUUCUGCAUCAAGCCCCUCCACUAUCCUCCUCCCUCGUUUUGCGGGUUUCGACUCAUUCCGCGUUCGGCACGACCAGCCGUUGUUGUUGUUGUUGUUGGUGCUGCUGCUUUGCACCAAGGCACACAAGUGCGCACACAACCGCAUCCGCGCACGCAUCCUUAAGCAAGCAAGCAAGACACAAGACACAGCAAUACACGCAACAACAACACGCGAGUUGUGUUGCUUGUCCAACACGGUCCCACCCAUAUCAAGUCGCUCACUUCAUACGCGAAACACUCGCCCCACUUCGCUUCCACCCUCCCCCCAUCCAGCCAUCGCCAAGGCCCUCCAUCCACCACAACCUGCACCUGCACCUCCUCGUCCUCGAUUCCUGUCCGUCUGCGGCUGAGUCCAGCAGCGUCAGCAGAUUGGUGCUUGAGAUUGAUCACACACAGGCUGCCUGUCCGCCCCAACCUUCGAGUGCUUCCACUGCGCCACCUCGAGGAGGAGCAAUGGGAGAUACGCACGUCAUGAGCGACAUGAACCAACUCCAAUCAGCGUUGUACGCAAGCAUGCUGCGCGGACAACAGCAGCCCCAGCAGCAGCAGCAACACCCCUUUAUGAAUGGCUCGCCCGGCCAGCCACAGUACGAGCAAGCCGCAUCCUCGCAGCCACAGCAGCAGCAGCAGCAACUCCGCCAACAGCAGGUGCAGCAGGACCAACAGCAGCAGCAGGAUCCUAUGCGCGCCAUCAACCAACAGAUACUGGCUCAGAUGCUCGUCAUGCAACAGCAGCAACAACAGCAGCAGCAGCAACAACAGCAACAACAGCAACAGCAACAGCUUGAUCAGCAACAGCUCUUUGAUCUCCAACAGCAGCUACAGCAGCAGCAGCAGCAGCAGCAGCAGCAGCAGCAGCAGCAAGAGGAAGAUGCUCAGUUCCAGCAACACGGCGUCAUGCUUCCCCAAUUCCCUCAUGACUCCUGCAGCACAGGGCAAGCACCUCAAAUGCAGCAGCAACAACUCGCCCAGGACCAACAACAGCAACCAUCGCCACAACAACAGGCGCAGCCGCAACAGCAGCCGCAGCCGCCGCAGCAACCGCAGCAGCAGCAACAGCCGUAUUUCACACCCGCCCAGCAGCAGCUGCUCCAGCAACUCGCCCCAGCCUUGCAGCAGCAACAGCAACGACAGCAGCAGCAGCAGCAGCACGCCACUGCAUUUCACGGGCCCCCGCAGUCUCUCGUGCAGAUGGAUGCACUUCACAGUGGAGGGGAGCAGCAAGCCAUGCCGACAGACCUGAUGCAAAUUGCACAGCAACAGGCCAGCCUCCUGCACGCCAUGGGCUUUCCGCAAACCGUUCAGCUCAACGCGCUCAACUCCUACCUCCCUCAACCAUCGGUUCGUUCACGGACCACGAAGCGUGCUGCGAACAAGAGCAAGAACGCCAACUCGUCCUCCUCCUCAUCUGCCAAUGGCCUCAGCAACGGCAACGGCUCAACCGGUCGCUCUCUCAUCUGCUGUGAUGCCUGCUCCAAACGCUUCCUCGGCAACCAGCGGCUGGUGUGGCAUCGGCUGAUGAAGCCGGCUGACAUCCCAACACCGCACUGCGACAUAUGCGGGGGUCCGUUCGAUGCAACCGAGGCUGAAGAGUUUGACCGCAUGCGUCGUGCACAGCGGCAGGCAAAGGGCCAGCCACCACCGAAGCCCUUUGAAUGCAAGCUGUGCGAUGCCUCCUUCACCAGGGGUGACCGUCUUCUUGCACAUUCGCGUUUGCACACGGGCGAAAAGCCAUUUGUGUGUGACCUCUGCCCUCGCUCCUUCUCACGCAAGGACAGGCUGAAGGCACACCGCCGCACACACUUUGGUGAACCAAAGCAGCCUCGAAAGAAGGAUGCACCAGGCAAACGCAAGCGCAAGCCCGACCGUCGUCGAUCGAGCGCCGCAAACCUGAUCGCCACAGCAAACAACGAGACCGCCUCUGCUGCUGCUGUGCUGCCACAUUCCUCGUCCGUGGCCGCGAGCACCACCGUCGCUACCGCUGGUGCCAUGGCCAGUGUCUCCCGUACCAGUACCAACACACACGCAAACCCCUUCCCCUUGGCCUUCCCUAGCGCUAUCACAACAACGCAACACCAGCUCCAAGCGCAGCAGCCCACACAGCAGCAACAGCAACAGCAGGGCAUUCACCCAUCCCUGACACAUGCCCAGCACCUCAACCACCAGCACUCACAGGAAGACACGCAGGCGGCAGCGCUCACCCACGGUAUCAUGCCCGCUGGUCUCCCAGAGAUGCACCUCCCCUUCCUGCACGACCACAGCACCGGCCUCAACUCCACCACGGCCACCGCGCCCACAACGUGCGCCGCGCUCAUGCACGCGGACUACCAGGCAACCGCAGGCCAGCUUGCCGCGCCUGUGACAGAUGACGCCACGCCCAACGGCCACCGCGCUUAGUGUGCAUUGGGGGAUUGACACUGCGCCUUUUCCAUCACGCGUCUGUGUUGUUGGCGAUAUCCACCGUGCCGGGUUGCGUGAUAGCGUGGUGGAUGACACGCGACUCCAAUCCGUGUCAUAGUUAUGAUCCCUGUGCUGUGCUGUUCCCUUUGCAACCUGCUUGGAUCUGAUGGAUCUGAGUGGCACUGGGAGCAUGGGAUUGCGUUGUGGUGUUGUUGUUGAUGCAUUGGAGCGUUGUUGUUGUUGUCGAUGCGUUGCAGCGUUACUUUCCACCUUCUUUACACCCUUUUCCCUUCCCGUUACAAUUCCAGUUUUACUUUCUUGCUUUGGCUUGAGGUUUGGCCUACUGUCUGUUUCAUCACUCGGUUUCCUCUGAUUGCCUCGCACUGUUGGACACCCCCCCCCUCCCGCUGUUGCACUGGUCGACGGCAAGUGUUGUCCUUGCAUGCGACGUUCUGAUGUCGUGUGGUUUUAGCUACCUGUAAUGUUAUGUGUUGCUGAAGCGUGUAGCCCCCUGCCCCCUCCCCCUCUUGCGUAUUUGAGUCACCUCAGUCUAAUUUGCUUAUAUGCUUGAUUAUUGCCUUCCAUCCCGCAGUUACAUCCCUCUGUGUGCAGUGGCUACUGCAGCACACACACCCACACACAUACAUCCUCACAUGCACAUCCUCACAGAGGCACGCAUCCACACGCUCAUAUCCACGCACGGACAAAUCCACACAGCCAUACACAAGCACACAAGCACGCCUUCUUUUUUUUUUCCUCCUCAUUCCGUGCCUCCCACCACUUGACUCGGUUGCUUCCGCUGCUGGUGUGGGCAGCGUGUGAUCUGUCCACGUGUGCGUUUUUUUUGUUUUUUUGUUUUGCACCAGUGAUAAGCGCUCUGUUGUCUCGUGUGGCUUGGUCCUCUUUGCGCCUUUCGUCUCUUUUCGUGAGCAACGUGCAUUCGUGCGCACUACAUAUUAACUCGUGGUUCAAUG